AUGGCAGUUACCAAGCGGUCUCCUGGAACUAAGAAAUUUGGCUCAAGCGCCUCUAAGGAGUCCUCAGUGGAUGUGGACGAUGUAUCUUUGAAAUACAACAAAGGCGUUGCUGCCACAGAGCAACUCGCUCAGAAUUGGUUGCUGAACCCUAAACCGGACUCUGAUAAUAGUUACAGGCUUGGUUUUUACUUAGUCACAGCCAUUGCUUUUGCAGUGAGAUUCUAUAAGAUUUACUAUCCUCGUGAAGUGGUCUUCGAUGAAGUACACUUCGGAAAGUUUGCUUCCUAUUAUUUGGAGAGGACAUUCUUUUUCGAUGUUCAUCCUCCUUUGGCUAAGAUGAUGAUUGCUUUCAUCGGUUGGCUAUGUAACUACGACGGCUCCUUCAAGUUUGAAGAAAUCGGAUUGAGUUACGACAAGCACCCUGCACCUUUCUUAGCGUACCGUUCAUUUAAUGCUUUACUGGGCACUUUGACUGUAUCUAUCAUGUUUGAAUCUAUGAAGGAAUUGAACUUUAAGGCCAUAACCUGCUUCCUUGCAUCAAUGCUAGUCGCUAUUGACAACGCCCAUGUAACCGAGACUAGAUUGAUUUUAUUGGAUGCCAUUUUGUUAAUUUCGGUUGCUGCAACUGUUUACUCUUACAUUAGAUUCUAUAAACUACAGUUGAAAGAACCAUUUUCUUGGAACUGGUACAUUUGGUUGUACUUGACUGGUUUCUCCUUGUCCUGUGUUAUCUCGACUAAAUAUAUUGGUGUGAUGACGUAUGCAGCUAUCGGGAUUCCUGUGGUGGUUAACUUGUGGCAAUUGUUGGAUAUUAACGCAAAACUUUCAAUCAGGAUGUUGAUCAAACAUAUAGGUAGAAGAUUGAACGGGUUGAUUCUUAUCCCAUUCAUUAUUUACCUCUUUUGGUUUUACGUCCACUUUGCCAUUUUGAAUGUUUCGGGACCCGGUGACGUUUUCAUGUCUUCUGAGUUUCAAGAUACUCUUCAUGACUCUGAAGCUACAAAGCUAUCUAAAGAAGUUCAAUUCUUCGAUAUCGUUACCUUUGAGAAUCAAGACACAGGUGCUUUCCUACAUUCGCACCUUGCUCGUUACCCAUUACGUUAUGAGGAUGAUAGAGUCUCCUCCCAGGGACAACAGGUUACAUGUUAUACGCAUGAAGACGUUAAUAAUCAAUGGGAAAUUCUUCCAGUUGCAGACAAGGCCAAAGGUGAUAAUAUAAGAUUUGGUGAUGAAUUUAGAUUGAGACAUGUUGGAACUGACUCUUAUUUGUUAGCUCAUGAUGUUGCAUCUCCACUUUACCCCACAAAUGAGGAAAUUACUACAGUUCACAAAGACGAUGCCUUGGGAGCAAGAGCAAACUCUACCAUUUUUAGAUUUCAACCAAUUAACAAGAAAGAUGAGGGUCAUAUCAUAAAAUCAAAAAACGCAGUCUUACGUAUAAUUCAUAAAGAGACUGUCGUAGCUCUAUGGUCUCACAAUGAUGAGCUUCUACCUGAUUGGGGUUUCGGACAACAAGAAGUCAAUGGUAAUAAGAAAAUGACGGACUCUGGUAACGCCUGGACAAUCGACAGUAUCAUGAAUCUAGAUGAAAAGAGAAGUGCUUAUGCUCCUAAAGAAAUCAAGAGCAUGCCUUUCUUUAACAAAUGGUUAGAACUACAAAAGUUAAUGUUCGAGCAGAAUAAUAAACUGACGUCUGAGCAUCCUUUUGCUUCCCAGCCCGAAUCAUGGCCCGGAAGUAUGUCUGGUGUUUCAUUCUGGACUAAAAAUGAAGAGAGGCGCCAAAUUUACUUCAUUGGUAACAUUAUUGGUUUCUGGUUCCAGGUUAUUAGUUUCGCUGUUUAUGUAGGAAUAAUCAUUGCUGAUCAAAUUACAAGACAACGUGGUUACUUUGCCUUGAACAAGGUUACCAGGGAAAAACUAUAUGGUCCAUUAGCGUACCUAUUCUGUGGUUGGGCUUGUCAUUAUUUCCCAUUCUUUUUGAUGGGUCGUCAGAAGUUUCUGCAUCACUAUUUGCCAGCACAUUUGAUUGCAGCACUAUUUGCCGCGGGUCUGUGGGAAACCGUUUUUAGUAGAUGUAAAUCUGACGACCCAUACAAAGAUGAGGAAAAGCCAGGUGUUAGUUUUGAGAAAUACCCAGCUAUUUACACUGCUGCUUAUAUUACAUUUAACAUCACUGUUCUGGCAGCUUUGGUUUGGUGUUUUGUAUUCUUUUCUCCUCUGAUUUACGCUACUCCACUAAGUGCUAGAGAAGUAAUCAAGAGAAAAUGGUUAGAUAUUUCAUUGAGUUUUGCUAAAUAA